AUGGCCGAUCAAGAAGUGGAUUUGGACUCGAUUAUCGAUAGAUUGCUGGAGGUGAGGGGUAGCCGGCCUGGCAAGCAAGUCCAGCUUUUGGAAUCCGAGAUCCGUUAUCUGUGCACCAAGGCGAGAGAGAUUUUCAUCUCCCAGCCCAUACUGCUGGAAUUGGAGGCACCAAUCAAGAUCUGCGGUGAUAUUCACGGCCAAUACUACGACCUCCUGCGUCUUUUCGAAUACGGUGGCUUCCCCCCUGAGGCCAAUUACCUUUUCCUAGGAGAUUAUGUCGAUCGUGGCAAGCAGUCCUUGGAGACCAUCUGCUUGCUCCUGGCCUACAAGAUCAAGUACCCCGAGAACUUCUUCGUCCUGCGUGGCAACCACGAGUGUGCCUCGAUCAACCGUAUCUACGGUUUCUACGACGAAUGCAAGCGGAGGUACAACAUCAAGUUGUGGAAGACUUUCACCGAUUGCUUCAACUGCUUGCCCAUUGCCGCCAUUAUCGAUGAGAAGAUUUUCACUAUGCACGGAGGUUUGAGUCCUGACUUGAACUCGAUGGAACAGAUUCGUCGCGUUAUGCGUCCUACUGAUAUCCCCGACUGCGGUCUGUUGUGUGACCUCCUGUGGUCCGAUCCCGAUAAGGACAUCACCGGCUGGAGCGAGAACGACCGUGGUGUCUCAUUCACGUUCGGUCCGGACGUUGUAUCGCGGUUCCUUCAGAAGCACGAUAUGGACUUGAUAUGCCGUGCGCACCAAGUCGUUGAGGAUGGAUAUGAGUUUUUCUCUAAGAGACAACUCGUCACAUUGUUCAGUGCGCCCAACUACUGCGGCGAGUUCGACAAUGCUGGUGCAAUGAUGAGCGUCGACGAAAGUCUACUAUGCUCUUUCCAGAUCCUAAAACCAGCCGAGAAGAAACAAAAGUACGUUUACGGGGGCAUGAGCUCAGGCAGGCCCAUCACUCCUCCGCGAAAGCAAAAGAAGAAGUAA